CCAAAAAUCCAUGAUGUAACGGUCACCCAUCUCUCCUGCUUCCCUUGUUUUUCUCACUUUCAACAUUCUCGCCUCCAAACCCCGAAACAACAGAAGAGACCAUCGGAGCAACCCUUCAUUCCGCCGCAAAUGCACCGACAUGGACCGCCGGAAAACGCUCACCAUGACAUGGGAUGACCUCGCCGACGACGAAGAUGACGACGACCUCUUCUUCUUUGACUCAUCCAACCGCCUCUCCUCCGCCAUCCCCAUCGACCUCACUUCUUCCUCCUCCUCCUCCGAUGAUGAUGAUGAUGAUGACCCCCGCCUGUCGUUCGUCUCCGCCAUGUCCUCCGCUCACUCCAAGAAAAACAGAGCAUUCUCGCAGACCAUGUUCACAACACCCCCAGAUUAUGAUAUAUGGAUGGCUUCCCCUGCAUCCAUCAACGAAAGGCGAAGGCGGUUGCUUUACGGCAUGGGACUCGAUCACAACAAAGACUUCAUCAACACCACCACCCCAAAUCUAAGUGAUGCAAUCUCAAUGAAUUUCACAGAGCACAGAAAAACAGAGAAAACAAAGCACACUUCCCCUGUUUCAGCAAAGCAGAGAAAAACAGAGAAAACGGAGCACUCUUCUGUUUCUUCAAUGUUGGUUCGAUCACAUUCCGAAGGCAACAUAGGUUCAUUUUCCAUGGAAAUGUUGAGAAAAGAGAAUUUGAUUGGGAAGGUAUCGAAGCAACGUCUCACGAGGACCGCCACAAUGGUCGUCCUUGAUGCUCCAGUGAUCACAAAAGACGAUGGAAACAGAGUGGUCGCAGAGGAUUCUUUUGGCAAUGAAGUUAAGUCAAAUAAGUCAUGGAAUUCUGAAUUGGGAGCAAUCUACUUGAUCAAAAAUCUGGAAACUGGGAAAGAGUUUAUCCUCAACGAGUAUGGUGAAGAUGGGUUAUGGAACCGGCUCAAUGACCUGCAGAAUAGGAAGAAGAAGAAGAAGAAUAUGCUAACCAUGGAGGAGUUUGAGAAUACGAUUGGGCAUUCACACUUUGUGAAUGAGCUCAUGAGGCGCAGCAAUGUAGGGAGAAAUGAGAGUUCCUCGAGGAAGCUUUCAUCGAGUUCUUCUUACAUUUCUAGGAGUUUGAAGCAGAGCAAGAAGAAGGGUGCUAAAUUGUUGAGGAACAUCAAGGGUGUGGCUUCCGGGCAUGCGACGAUGGAGGCGAAGAGCAACCGGUGGGUGAGGGUGCGGCAUAAUGGCAAGUCACACAAGGAGCUUUCAGCUCUGCAUUUAUGUCAGGAGGUUCAAGCUCACGAGGGGUGCAUUUGGAUCAUCAAGUUUAGCUUAGAUGGUUGUUUUCUCGCUAGUGGUGGGGAAGAUAAGGUGAUUCGAGUGUGGGAGGUGCAAGAGUGUGAGGUUUUGGAGGGGAAUUGUUCUCCAUUGCUUGUGGCGUCUCCGGAGAGAAAUGUGCAGCAGGCAGAGGUGUUUUUGGGUGAGAAGAAGAAGACGAAGAAGAAGGGGAAAAUUGGAGGUAAAAGAGGGAAUGUUAUUCCGGAUUUUGUUCAUGUUCCAGAAACAGUGUUCUCCCUUUCUGAGAAACCAUAUUGUUCUUUUCAAGGUCAUUUGGAUGAUGUUUUGGAUUUGUCCUGGUCUAAAUCUCAGCUACUUCUGUCAUCGUCAAUGGAUAACACAGUAAGAUUAUGGGACUUGGAAACUAAGACUUGCUUGAAGAUAUUUGUACAUAAUGACUAUGUAACCUGCAUACAUUUUAAUCCUGUGGAUGAUGAUUAUUUCAUUAGUGGCUCCCUUGAUGCUAAAGUCAGAAUAUGGAACAUCCCUGAAUGUCAUGUUGUCCAUUGGAUUGAUACCCAUGAAAUGGUUACUGCAAUUUCUUACACACCUGAUGGCCAAGGUGUUCUUGUUGGUACACAUAAAGGGUGUUGUCGUACCUAUAGCACACAAGAUUCCAAACUAAUUCAAACAGCAACAAAUGAGAUUCGACGCAAGAAGAAAUCUAAACGAAGAAAAGUAACUGGUUUCGAGUUUGCUCCAGGCAAACCAUCAGAAGUGCUUGUUACUUCAGCUGAUUCAAGGAUAAGAAUCUUGGAUGGUUCAAAAAUUGUUCACAAGUUUAGAGGUUUUCGAAAUUCAAAGAGCCAAAUUGCAGCUUCAUUUAGUCCAGAUGGGAGAUAUGUUAUAAGUGCAAGUGAAGAUUCUCAAGUAUAUGUAUGGAAGCAUGAAGAGCAUAGAAAUGCAGGCAUUGGAAAAGGCAGAAACAUGCUAGUUACCAGAUCUCAUGAACUCUUCCAAUGUAAAGAUGUUUCAAUAGCAAUACCAUGGCCUUAUACAAUUAGUGGUAAUCCCCUACCUGAGCCAUUACAUCAUUCCAAAACACAUUCAAAAAUUUCUUAUUCAUCAUUUGGUGGUGGAGAUGGCACUAAAGUUGGUGCAAAAAUCAAAACAAUGCUUCCACCUCUUCCAAAGAAAACUAAGUGUCAUGCCACUGAGAAAGAAGAGCUUGAAGCAAUUUCGCGCGUAGAUUCCGGCAUUGGUGAUUCAUUUUGUUCAGACUCUUCCUCAAUUAGGUACGGUGAUUCUUCCUCACCUUCUAUACCAGGUUCAUGGUCUUCUUCUUAUUCAUCAUUUGAAAGUGGCCAUGGUUCCCCAACAAGUAAUCUUCCUUCAGCAUGGGGCUUGGUAAUUGUGACAGCCGGGUAUGAAGGUGAAAUCAGAUGUUAUCAGAAUUUUGGGUUGCCUCGAAGGAUGCGGCAAGCAAACCUUUUUGGAGGCCCUUCUUAACAUUUGUCUCAUGUUUGGCAUUUUUCUUUAUUUUCUUGAACUUGUAUUGUAUAUCAAGCAACAUUUGUAGUUUUAGCUGUAUGUCAGUCUGGUUGGUAUUGUAUAUAGUGAGUGAUCCACAUAAAAGUGAUGUAUCAGUUUAAAUAACAAUACAGAUAUAAGGGAAGAUUAGAUGAAU